UCCCCGCAGGGACCUUCCAGCAUUUAGUCCUUCGUCGGCUCUGCUUCUUCCUUUUCUGUUCCGUGUACACCAUCUAACUAGCCCAGUGUGUCCUCGAGCCUGGCUUCUGCAGCCGCUGCCCCGCUGCCUGCAGGCAGCCCGCGCCAGGAAUAUGCUUGCCAACUCAGCCAGCGUGCGGAUUCUUAUCAAGGGAGGCAAGGUGGUGAAUGAUGACUGUACCCACGAAGCCGACGUCUACAUAGAGAAUGGCAUCAUCCAGCAGGUGGGCCGCGAGCUCAUGAUCCCUGGAGGGGCCAAGGUGGUCGAUGCCACCGGGAAGCUGGUGAUCCCCGGAGGCAUUGACACCAGCACCCACUUCCACCAGACCUUCAUGAAUGCCACGUGUGUGGACGACUUCUACAGUGGGACCAAGGCAGCGCUGGUUGGAGGAACCACCAUGAUCAUCGGCCAUGUCCUGCCUGACAAGGAGACCUCCCUCGUGGACGCCUACGAGAAAUGCCGGAGUCUGGCCGAUCCCAAGGUCUGCUGUGACUACGCCCUUCAUGUGGGGAUCACCUGGUGGGCGCCCAAGGUGAAGGCAGAAAUGGAGACGCUGGUGAGGGAGAAGGGCGUCAACUCGUUCCAGAUGUUUAUGACCUACAAGGACUUGUACAUGCUUCGAGACAGUGAGCUGUACCAAGUGUUCUACGCGUGCAAGGACAUUGGGGCGAUCGCUCGCGUUCACGCUGAGAAUGGGGAGCUCGUGGCUGAGGGUGCUAAGGAAGCACUAGACUUGGGUAUCACUGGCCCAGAAGGAAUUGAGAUCAGCCGUCCAGAGGAGCUGGAAGUGGAGGCCACUCACCGUGUCAUCACCAUUGCGAACAGGACUCACUGUCCCAUCUACCUGGUCAAUGUGUCCAGCAUCUCUGCUGGUGAUGUUAUCGCAGCUGCGAAGAUGCAAGGGAAGGUGGUACUGGCCGAGACCACCACUGCGCACGCCACGCUGACGGGCCUACACUACUACCACCAGGACUGGUCCCACGCAGCCGCUUAUGUCACGGUGCCGCCCCUGAGACUGGACACCAACACCUCCACCUACCUCAUGAGCCUGCUGGCCAAUGACACUCUGAACAUCGUGGCGUCCGAUCAUCGGCCAUUCACCACAAAGCAGAAAGCUAUGGGGAAGGAGGACUUCACCAAAAUCCCUCACGGUGUGAGUGGCGUGCAGGACCGCAUGAGUGUCAUCUGGGAACGAGGAGUGGUUGGAGGGAAGAUGGAUGAGAACCGUUUUGUGGCCGUCACCAGUUCCAACGCUGCGAAGAUCCUCAACCUGUAUCCCCGAAAGGGCCGUGUGAUCCCUGGUGCCGACGCUGAUGUGGUGGUGUGGGACCCAGAAGCCACAAAGACCAUCUCUGCCAGCACCCAGGUGCAGGGGGGAGACUUCAACCUGUACGAGAGCAUGCGCUGCCAUGGUGUGCCACUGGUCACCAUUAGUCGGGGCCGCGUGGUCUAUGAGAAUGGUGUCUUCAUGUGUGCCGAGGGCACUGGCAAAUUCUGCCCACUGAGGUCCUUCCCGGACACUGUCUACAAGAAGCUGGUCCAGAGAGAGAAGACUUUAAAGGUGAGGGGUGUGGACCGCACUCCCUACCUGGGGGACGUCGCAGUUGUCGUGCAUCCCGGGAAGAAAGAGAUGGGCACGCCGCUGGCAGACACCCCCACGCGGCCCGUCACCCGACACGGGGGCAUGCGGGACCUCCACGAGUCCAGCUUCAGCCUCUCUGGUUCUCAGAUCGACGACCAUGUCCCAAAGCGAGCCUCAGCUCGGAUCCUCGCGCCCCCUGGAGGCCGGUCGAGCGGCAUUUGGUAAAGGAACGAACCAGCCCCGGCAAGUGAGGCUACACCGCGGCCACCUGCCGCCCGCAGCUGCAGGGGUCAGGAGAGGCUGGGCUGGGCAGCGCACCGCCUGCGGGGGCCCCAGGACCCGGGACCCCCCUCGCCAGAACGUGAUUCACUGGGCUUCGAGCCACCCCUAACAGGCACUUUGAGCUGUCCUUCUGCUGUGCUCCUCUCCUGCCUUGGCCUGGGUAGGCUUCUCUGGGGGCCCUGAGAGCCCGCACUAUGCACAGAGCCCUCUGCAUAGCAUCUGCCCAGCCCCUCCUGUCACCACUGCCUCUUGUGCUGGCUCUAGGAGGCCCAGAUUUUAGUGCCCUGGUCCUGGCCACCCGGUCUGGUGUCCAGAGCACUUUAGCAGAUGCGUUUUAUAAGUAAAGACCUCCCUCUCCUACCCCCUUAGACCCUGCGUUGACAUUUCCCAAGUCAGACGCGUGUCAGCUCCCAGCCAUUCCCAGGACAUCCUGGGCGUGGGUGUGGUUGGGACACCCUGUGCCCUUUGCCAGCCUCUGUACUCCACACCACACCCUCCGGGAGUCCCAGGCCCGGAAGGAUAGCUGGGUGGGGUCCAAAGCUGGUGCCAGGCGCGUGUAAAUGGUUUUGUUCUGCACGUUUGGUUUGCGCAGUGGUUUGGUUUGACUUGUUUGUGCAUCCUGUGGAAAAUAACGGUGCUUUGUGUCACUAGCAUAGCAUAGAAACAGCAAUAGAUGUGGUCUGUAGGAGACGCUGCACUCGCCACCAACCAGAGCACAGGGUGGGGUGGGGGGCUGCAGCCCUCUCCCCGCCUGGGCUUCUCCAGCUGCUUAGGCCCUGGGCGGGGCCCUUGCCCUCCCCUCUCCUCCUGGUCAGGUUUUCUUCAUUCCGAGUGGGCGCCUGGUGCUGGCCCUGGAUACCUGCAGGCAGCAGGGUGGCCCUUCCCAUCUCUGCCCUUGGUCAUCCCCAGCACUAACCCUGCACACACACACACAGAUGCACACAGGCAAACAUGCACCCACACUCAGAGCUUCCUGUACCUUCCUGUACCUGCUGGACAGAGGCCUGGCUACUCCUCCUGUGUGAUUGGCAAGAGGCCGAGUGCCUGCUGAGAGGGAGGAGUGGUGGGUCAGCGGGGCCAGGGAGGGAGCCCGCGUGCCCUGCACAGGUACUGUGGGGUCCUGUGGUCAGAACUUUGUCCUCAAUGGCGGCAGCUUCAUCGCCCUGCAUGUCCAGUGGGCCGUCCUCUCCUGGGAAGCUCCUCAGGGGUCCCCGUAAGAACUUUUUAUCCACCCCGAGUGAUCUGGGAAGUAGCCCCGCCUGCCCUUGAACACCUUGUUUCCCCCUCGGGAAGUGGUUUCGUGUCAUACCCUUGGUUUGAGCACACCAAGCCUGCGGGAGGCCCCCACACAUCCCUGUAGUGCUCUUCAUGUACCAAAGCGCUUCCGUGUGCGGGCUCUCACUUGGUCCUCAGAAGGUGGGACAUAUUCAGUGGCACUUCAGUUCACAAGCGCUUUUGUUGCAAACAGUUUGGUUUGCAAGCAGAAGCAUUUGGCAGAAUUUUGUGUUUGUUCACCAGCUUCCCAUCAGGUGACAAACAGAACCGAAGCCAUCUUUCCUACACAAACACAAACGUGGCCAUAUUUUACAAAACCAUAGAACAAAUUAAGUUCAUGAACGGAGGUACCACUGUGUCAUUCUCCCCCCUUUUACGUAUGUGGGAACUGAGUCACAGAAGGUUUUGGCCGUCUGGCCCCAGAAGUAGCCAUGACCACCUUAUGGCCUUGGCUGUCCAGCCUAGCUGUGGAGAGGGGGUGGAAGUGGUGGCUGUUGUUGAUCCUGCCAAGAGUAUGACCAACAAGAAGACUUACUCCCCAGUAGGCAUUCUGCUUUGUUUUGCACAAGUAGAUAGAUUUUUUUUCUUCAGCUUUGUUGUAAACAUACUAAUGCAUAUUCUUGGUUUGAGCCAGGGCUAGAACAGGCUUCCCAUGUGGUUUGAGCUGCAUCCACAUCUUCCCUUUACUCCCAGUGUCCUCCCUUGGGGCUGAGAGGACAGAUGGUAACCCAGGGAGCAGAGGUACACAGGUAGGGCCCUGGGCUUGAGAAAGCCAUCACGGAUAAGGGAAACUGUGACACUGACCCCUGGUACAGUGCUUUUGGCCCUUGCUGGGUCGUGCCCCUGGGCAGAUGCCAGAGAGCCAAGUGGAGG